AUGGCGCUUUUGUUAAAGAUGUCUACUUCUGUCCCAGCAAUCUCAAUUAACCUGAUGAAGAAAGCAAUCCCAAUUUAUACGCCAAACUCUAUCUCAACAAAAGAACAAAAACCUCCAUCUGUUUUACUUUUCUAUGCAAUUCCAGAUAGAAAGAUCGUGAACGGUUCUGUAUAUAACAAACAAAAUCUUGUAUCUCUUGUGGCUCAAUUACGACUAGUCAAUGACCAAUCUAACCCACCAGAAUUCCCUAGAAAGCCAGAUUAUACUUCUCCUUCAUUUCCAUCUGAGGUUCCAGAACUUCCCAAGGAUCCAGAGAUCGAGUUCGAUACUAGUCCACCUGAAGAAAUCCCGCUACCUCCGAGUACUCCAGAGAUGCCAACUUCCGGACCCGACUAUCCUGUCCCUCCUCCAACGCCUCCUGACGUUCCACUCCCGCCUCGGCCUCAGCCACCUAAUCCACUGCCCCCGAAGUUUCCUGACCCACCUACUCAUCCACCGCCGGAUAUUCAGCAGCCACCGGAUCUUCCGCUGGAAAUCAAGCCACCGCCUGGCCCAUAUGUAAUCUGA